AUGGGUCUACCUGUGGACAGCCCAGACACAAAUGAUGAUGCACGUAAAUAUGAGCAGCGGGGAGAGGGAGAAGGGGGCGAAAGCCAAACCGAAGCCUCGGCCUGCACCAGACCACCCAUCAACAAGAAGAAGAGAAAAGGCAAGAAGAGAUGACUGUGGAUCAACCUCACCAACUGCAAGUAUGAAAGCGUGCGGCGUGCUGGUCGUAGAUACGGUCUCAGAGAGGCCAUGGAGGGUGAAGACUGGACCCUGUUCUGGACCGACUGCUCUGUCUCUCUAGACCGUGUUAAGGACAUGAAGCGUUACCAGAAAAUAAACCAUUUUCCAGGGAUGAGUGAGAUCUGCCGCAAAGAUUUACUUGCAAGAAACAUGAACCGCAUGCUGAAGCUUUUUCCCAAAGACUACAACAUUUUCCCCAGAACGUGGUGCCUUCCUGCAGAUUACAGCGACUUCCAAGCUUACACCAGGGCCAAAAAAAGCAAGACAUACAUCUGCAAGCCGGACACCGGAUGCCAAGGCAAAGGCAUCUUCAUCACCAAAUCAAGUAAAGACAUUCAAGCUGGAGAACAUAUGAUCUGCCAGGUUUACAUCUCCAGGCCGCUCAUCAUCGACGGGUACAAGUUUGACCUGCGUAUCUACGUGCUGGUGACGUCAUGUGAUCCUUUCAGCAUAUUCAUGUUCAAGGAGGGGCUGGCUCGCUUCUGCACCACGAAGUACAACGAACCGACACACAACAACGUGGAUGACGUGUGCAUGCAUCUCACCAACUACUCCAUCAACAAGAACAGUGAGAACUUUGUCCGUGACGAGGACACUGGCAGCAAACGAAAGCUGUCCACCCUGAACAAGCUCCUGGAGUCCAUCAGCUGCAACACAGAGAAGAUGUGGAAUGACAUCGAGGACGUGAUCAUAAAGACUCUGAUCUCUGCUCACCCCGUCCUCAAGCACAAUUACCACACGUGCUUCCCGAACCACACCACCGGCAGCGCCUGCUUCGAGAUCCUGGGCUUCGACGUGCUGCUGGAUCACCGCCUCAGACCCUGGGUGCUGGAGGUUAAUCACUCCCCGAGUUUUACCACCGACUCGCAGCUGGACCGCGAGGUGAAGGACGCGCUGCUGUACGACACCCUGGUCCUCAUCAACUUGGGUGCCUGCGACCGCCGCAAGAUCACCAAAGAGGAGAGGCGCAGGGUGAAGGACAGGCUGCAGCAGAACAGCUCCAGAGAGGCCAGGUCAGAGGAGCUGCGUCAGUGCCAGGCAGCCACGGUGGAGCAGAUGGAGCGGUACGAGGCCAAACACCUGGGGGGCUUCAGGAGGAUCUAUCCCAGAGAGGGAGGAGAGAAAUACGACAAGUACUUCAAACACAGCAGCUCCCUCUUCCAGGAGACGGCAGCGUCCAAGGCCAGAGAGGAGUGUGCCAGGCAGCAACUGCAGGAGCUUCGUCUGAAGCAGGAGCAGAAGGAGAGAGACCAGAGGGGGGGCCGGAGGAGAGACCUGCAGGGGGAGACAGCGGGGGAGAAAGUCAAACCCCGAAGAGCACAAACACAACCCGCCAACUCAAACUGUGACCCGCAGCCGGUGAGCCGGUCUGACCGCCCGUGUCUGUCCGGCGCGACGGCGGUUGGUGAAGCCGCAGAAGUCCGAGAGGAGAAACCGGAGGAAGAGGAGAAGGAGGCAGACACGGGGGAGAAGGAGCGGGUCGAAGCGCUCCUCCACAGGAAGAAACUGCUGCGGGACCUGGGGGUGGUGGACCAGAUCCGCCAGCUGCUGCAGGGCCGGGCAGAAGGAGGGGGAGUCCUGCAGGACGCCUACACCCAGCAGCAGAGUAAGCAGACUCGUCAGAGGCAGCAGCAGACGAAGCUGGACUCUGUGACACAGCUUCCCCAAAGGACAAAGCAGGAGGCCUGCGCUCUGAUGUCACGGCACAUCCACUCCCACACGACUCAGCAGCACCUGCUCAGGCCGACGAUGGACCAGAGGAGCCUGAACGAGUCUGAGCCCGAGAGCCACAGCCGAGCGUCAGAAAUACGACGGAGCCUCAGCGGCCGGCGGACGCACUGGUCAGGUAAACACACUGCUCGCUGCUCGAUCAGCUCCUACGCCGACCCCCGUCCCCGUCCCAGCAUCCCGCUCAUAAACCACCUCCCUCACGGAGGCCUGCGCUGCAGCACCCACACGCCCCACGACCCCGCGGCCCUGCGGAGCCUGCUCGUCGUCUCCAUCCGCGCCCCCCUGCUCAGGAGGCCUGGCUUCUCUCACAUCGUCCGCAACUCCUCCCGCGGAGCCCCCCAGCACGGUAAAGGAGUGUGA